CUUAUCACUUUUCUUAAAUCAAUUUUUAUCACAUUAACCACACAAAAAAAAAAAAAAACAUUCUUGCAUCAUUACAGUAAUGGGAGUAACAUUAGAAGGACAAAGAAAGGAAUCAAUCUGGGUUUUGAUGAGAAGACAAAGAGCUCGAAGGGCACUUGUGAAGAAGAUCAUGAUCCGGCCGAAGAAGAGCUUAGAAGCUCAUAGAAGACCGUACUGUCAUGCAAUUGAUAGACGAGUCAAGACGCUGAAAGAGCUUGUUCCCAACACCAAACCAUCAGAAGGUUUGGAUGGACUUUUUAGACAGACGGCAGAUUAUAUUUUGGCUUUGGAAAUGAAAGUGAGAGUGAUGCAGACAAUGGUUCAGGUUUUGACCAAAACUGAUUGUGUCUAA